GGUACGAAGGCAUGUCUCAAGUUCUGGUCACUGUACAAACAUGAGUGGCCUUAUAAAUUCUAUAAACCUCUUACUAGAGCAUUGUCCGAGUAAAGAACAAGAAAAUAAUCCCGAAAAGGGUAGAUUAUUAAAGAGGAAGCAAAUCGUUCUGCAACAUCUACGCGAUGUUCCAUUGGAUCAAGUACAAGAACUAGCUUCUGAUUUUUCACACAUCACAUUUCGUCAUCCGCAAGGGUAUCAACUGGAAUUAAAGCUCAGUCUCAACUAUCCGGAGGUUCCUCCUACUUGCUCCUCCGAAGAUUUACCCCAAGCCCUGGAUUUGAGUCAUUGGACACCGUUGUCCAGUUUAAGAGACGUUUACGAACUGUUCCUGGAACAAAUGGAGAUCUCUGGGCCCGUCUUGGCACAGCUCAACCAAUUUGACGGACAAACUUGGGUUUUAGAAAAGUCUCAUUUUUCUCGGCGAGUCGUCAUUUCCCCUUUGGUUUCCGUUCAGAUCACGCUGGACCCACUGGAUCCAAAUUGUCUGGAGGAAGUACCCAAUCUCCGUUUUUUGGGUCCGGAUAGCAAAGUUCAAGAAUUCUUGCAACGCGUCUCAGAGCGUGAACAUCUGUUCGAUCCUGAGCGGAAUAUUUUAAUCAAUUUGGAGAAGAUCCUAGAUUUAGAAUUCCCGCAUCCAGAAGAGAUCGAGAAAGAGGAUUUCAAGAUUGAAUGUUGCAUUUGCUUCUCUCAUCAUCUGGGAUCGGCUCUGCCAGACUUGCGAUGCCCGUUUCCCAAAUGCUAUCGAGCCUUUCACGUGGAGUGUCUGUAUGAAUGGUUGAGGGGCACGUGUGAAAAUAAAAGCAUGCACAAUUUCAUUCAUGGCUCUUGCCCUUAUUGUCAGAAUUCUGUCACUUGCCCGUGUCCCAAGGACAAAUCAUAACGUGACUCAUGGUUGCAUCCUCUUCAUUCCAGA